AUGGGAGAGAACAAUGGAGAUGAGCUUCAACUACCAAUUGCCAACGUUGGGAGAUUAAUGAAGAAGAUUCUUCCCCAAAAGGCCAAGAUUUCCAAAGAAGCCAAAGCGACAAUGCAAGAAUGUGCAACAGAGUUCAUCAGCUUCGUAACAAGUGAAGCAGCUGAAAAAUGUCACAAAGACAAUCGAAGAACUCUCAAUGGCGACGAUAUUUGUUGGGCUUUUGGUUCUUUUGGCUUAGACAACUAUGCUGAGGCUUCUGCCAAGUACUUGCUCAAAUAUAGGGACGUCGAGAGAAUCAACGCUCAAUUCAAAACCAAUAUCGCUCCAGAACAACAAAAACACGAUCAAGAACUUGAGUUUUAUCAUGGUGAAAUCGGUGAAACGUCUUAA